CCGGAUUACUCGAUUUCCGCUAUCAUGGAUUUAGACUUCGGCCACGCCGCCGAAGUCACAAAAAAUACGGUAAUGUCUACCGAAAUUACGCACAUAAGACAACCAGAUACCGCCUUUGAAUUCGAGUCCAUCCCGGAACACGCCUCUGAAAAAACCGCUACCGGUAAUAUUAUAAAACCCGAAACUGACACAGAAAAUACUACCUGCUCAGAAACCGCCUGUGAAAAAACCGCUACCGGUAGUGUUAUAGAACACGAAACCGACACUGAAAAUACCUUUAUCCCAGAAACCGCCUCUGAAAAAACCGUUUCGGAGAACAAAGAACCUAAAACCGCCAACGAAAUCACAACCUUCGCAGAUCCUGUUUCUUUAAAGAACACUCAAGAGAACACAGAACUCAAACCCGGCACUGACAAUAAGAAAAUUGUAAAACAAGUAAUUAAUUUAGUUCUCUUUUCUGCUGUCUGUUGGGCUGCGUAUAAAUACCUGAAAUAA